CAGCAAAGAGCCUGACUGUGACUCCAGCUGCUCCAGACUGAGCAGAUUCUCUUGCAAGAGGACUUUUAUUUCACGGGCAAUGAAUGUGUUCCAGGUUGCACAGGUUGGACAUUUGUUUGAGCAGCUUGAUGCUUUGUGUGUUUUACGACUCUGCUGUAGCGAGAGGCUCUACUGUAACUGUGAUCAGGCAGAUUAAAGUAGUUUACACGGUAUCUCUGGAGGCACCAGGUUCUGAGAAGCUUAUCUAAAAGUCGUCCAGGCUCCACGUCUCCGCGUGGACCCACAGGACACGACCCAUUAUCGUGCAAAAAAACCCCAAAAGGACUGGACGUGAUCUUGUGGCAGUCUGGGCAUUUCUGCCUCUGCCCGUGCCGCCCUUUGGCACAGCAGCGAAAGCAGGAGGACCGCAAAGGGGAGGGCCGAUCGAGCCCCCUCUCCUCCCAGAAGCAGAAGAUGUGCGUUCCUCCUAGUGGGAAGUGUUUGCGAAGGAGCUCCGAGUCCAGAGCCACGGCGGUCGGCUCCAAUUAGCAGGUGCCGCGAGCAGCUCGGGCCUCGGCUGGACGCGGACGUCUGGAGGCUCUGCGAAGCGCCGGAGGCCGGACAGCGAGAUGGACGCGUGCGCCUGCGCCCUGGAGCUGCUGGGCAUGCUGGUCUACGUGGGAGCGUGGCUGUGCGCCCUCGCCACCACCAUCCUGCCGCAGUGGCUGACCAUGUCCACCGCGCUGCUGCCCACCGAGAGCUACGAGCUGGGCCUGUGGGAGACCUGCGUGGUUCAGGACGUGGGGGGCAUGGAGUGCAGGCCUUACGACAGCCUGCUGGGCCUGUCCAGAGACCUCCAGCUGGCCCGCAUCCUCAUGUGCGCCUGCCUGGCCGUGGGCGUGCUGGGAAUCCUGGUGGCCGUACCUGGACUCUACCUGGUCAACAGCUGUAAGAACAGAACCAAGCGGACUUUCAUGGUCGCCGGAGGGGUUCUGGGGAUGAUCUCCGGGGUGCUGUGUCUGAUCCCCGUGUGUUACAUGGCCCAUUUGGCCAUAAUGCAUUUCUUUGACGAGACGGUGCCGGACGUGGUGCCGCGCUGGGAGUUCGGAGACGCCCUGUUCUGCGGCUGGGCGGGAGGCUUCCUCCUCAUAGCGGCCGGGCUGCUCCUGGUCUCCUCCAGCGUGUGUUUACAGGUGGAGCCCCAGCCUCUGGGGCAGCGGCGGUACCAGGUGAUGAAUACGGAUUGUAACCCGAGGAAGCACUCGGAGUACGUUUAAGGAGACUGCCGGCGUGACACAAUCAUCUGUAGAGCUGCACUUCACAGCGCUUCAUCCUUUGAAAGGUUUUAUGGACAAUAAAUUCACACAGCGGCACAAUCCUGUAUUAUAUUUUUAGACCAGGAAAAUUUAUAUUUUCAAUAUUUUUUUUUAAUAUAGGUUUUAAAAUUGUUUCCCUAAAUUUGAUUUCUCUUACCAGCACAGACAAAAGCACAGUUCACAUAAUAUUAUAUAAUAAUCACCCACAAUAUUAAAACUGCUCUCACUGCAAGUCACUAAAAUCUAUAAAAUGCACCUCUUUUUCUGGUUGAGCGUUUUUCGAUGUGCUGUAACCUACAGCACAAUCAGCUGAUUCCCAUAAAGAAUGAUCAUGAAACCUG